AUGCAAAAGGGUCUUACACGAGACCAUUUCUUCGAAACCGAUGCUGAAGCUCGAAGACGAGAAAGGCAAGCAGCGAAGGCUGGUAACAAAAAUGGCAACCCCAUCGCUUUGAAGUCAAAGCCAUUAGCCGCCAUUCUUGAUAUCGACUCUCCAUCCGCCUUGUUCAUUGCGGAAUCCUCUGGCACUGUACGGAGAGUCAUUUUGGAGACUCAAGACACGAAGCAAGUCUAUCGUGGUCCCACCGCACCGGUAACCUGCGUGGCCGUUGGAGGACCAGAGAAACAAACCGUAUUCGCUGGGUCAUGGGACAAAGACAUCUGGAGCUGGAAUAUCCCCUCCAAGACCCCUGGCCGAAAGUACAGCGGCCAUUCGGAUUUUGUCAAGGCCGUCGUCUGUACAAAACUGGGUGAUAAGGACGUCAUAAUCAGUGGAGGCGCAGACAAGAAGAUCAUAGUGUGGGACAUUACGACCGGCUCUCGAUUACACACCCUCCAGGACCAGACAGCUUCGAUGAUGGCCAUUCAGCACCUAGCAAUCGAUCCGGCCCUAUCAGGAACCGAUGAGGUAACCCUCGUCAGUGCGAGCAGUGACCCGCAUAUACGGCGAUGGCGCAUCCGACUAGACUCGGCAGAACAGAUUAUAGACACAUUGCCGGGCGAAAGUGAGGCCCGCCAUGCCAUCUUGGAGCACGAGACUACGGUAUAUAAGGUGCUCUUUGAUCAAGAGGACGAUGAGGUAGACUUGUGGACUGCAAGCGGUGAUGGUACGGCAAAGUGUUUGUCACGAGCCAAGCAUUAUGCUGUUGAGGAUACUAUUGAGCAUGGCGAUCAUGUGCGCGCUGUGGCAUUGACCGAGCAUUGGAUCAUCACAGCAGGUCGCGAUGAAGACAUAAAAGUCUGGGAUCGCGCGUCUGGGAAGUUAUAUUGCACAAUGGACGGGCAUUAUGACGAAGUUACGGACCUGGUCGUCCUCCCCGGAGCCACUGAGCAAGUAGCCUCGGUCUCCCUCGAUGGGACGGUAAGGACUUGGUCCUUGGACAAGAAGGAGCUUGACAAGAUUAACGAGGAGAAAUUGGAUCUGGCGAAUGGCGUUCAGAAGGAGGUUCCGGCUGAGGAGAAGGAGGGAUUAAUGACCGCCGAAGAAGAGGCCGAGCUUGCAGCCCUGCUAGAUGAGGACGACGAUUAA